AUGGCAGGGCAUUCUACUAGCUUAUACCCACGGGCGGGUCGCCAAGCCCGUGCACACCGCAUCUCAUCGUCCAUAAAAUAUUUAUCCCCCCAGAUACCCCGCCAACGGACAAAGCGAGACGGCUCUCCUCUAGAACGCGCACCACCUCCCGUAACUUCUGAUGACCCUCAACCGAAAGCUUCUGAAAUCAUCGCAGAACAACUUGGAUUCGUGGACCCCCUAUUUACACAACAAUGGCAUAUCGUUAACGACGAGUACCCAGAACAUAUGAUGAACGUGACGGGUGUGUGGGAAAUGGGUAUCAUGGGGGAAGGCAUCAUUACUUCCCUGGUGGAUGAUGGAUUGGACUACCGGAGUCGGGACUUGGCUGAAAACUUUGAUGCGGACAAUUCAUAUGACUUUAACGACCACACCGAUCUGCCCACCCCAGUUCUUUCAAAUGAUAACCACGGCACGCGCUGUGCUGGUCAGAUCGCUGCGGUUAAGAAUGAUGUCUGCGGCGUCGGACUCGCUUACAAGUCAAAAGUUGCUGGCGCAGCUGCUUUGAACUACGGCUUACACAACGUGUCCAUCUUUAGUUGCAGUUGGGGACCACCUGAUGACGGCAGGUCGAUGGAAGCUCCGGGAUAUAUCAUUGAAAAGGCCUUUGUAAACGGCAUACAAAAUGGUAGGGAAGGGAAAGGAUCAAUAUAUGUCUUUGCCAGCGGAAACGGGGCAGCGCAGGGAGACCAGUGCAAUUUCGAUGGGUACACCAACAGCAUAUACUCCGUCACCGUCUCAGCUGUAGACUUCAAAGGCCUACAUCCAUAUUAUUCUGAACCCUGCUCUGCAAAUAUGGUUGUAGCAUACAGUUCAGGGAGUGGCCAACAUAUUGUCACCACUGACGUCAACAAUAAAUGUGCCAGCACUCACGGUGGCACCUCCGCCGCUGCCCCCAAUGCAGCUGGUGUGUUUGCUUUGGUGCUUCAAGUUCGGCCUGACCUGACAUGGCGAGACAUACAACAUCUUUGCGUGAAAACCGCCCAGAUGAUAAACCCUGAGGAUCCUGAUUGGGAAUCCAUGGCUUCUGGACAGAUGUACUCGUAUAAAUACGGCUUCGGGAAGCUUGAUGCCUACGCCUAUGUCCAAGCAGCACAAGAUUGGCAGCUUGUGAAACCACAAGCGCGCUUCCACCCCCCUGCCAUACAGAUUAACAACGGCACUUUACUCACGGAGGAUGGGGAUAUGGAAGGCGGGCAGCCGAUUAUCCCUGGAGGUCUUAUGAGCUCGUUCACGGUAACGCAGGAUAUGCUUGACAUGCACAACUUCGAGGGGUUGGAACACGUGACAGUUAGAGUGUGGAUAUCGCACACCAAACGCGGGGAUGUUGAAGUUGAGCUCACGAGCCCUGGUGGGGUACGCAGCGUUCUUGCAGCAAAGCGGGAUGGCGACCACGACGGGACUGGUUUUAGAGGAUGGAGAUUUAUGUCCGUCAAGCACUGGGGUGAAAAUAUGGCUGGCACCUGGACGCUCAAGGUCUCUGACCAAUCGUCCGAAGGGCACAACGGAACUUUCCACGGCUGGCGUCUCAUGUUCUGGGGCUCAACCAUCGAUCCCAGUGUCUCAACAACCUACGUUCUCCCACUCUCAGAGUACCAGCUUCCCUCCACAGCCAAUGACGACGCAAUUAACAUCCCCACAUCGACAACCAGCAAAUCCCACCCUAAGCCCACUUCUGGCCUCCCGGACGACCACGGUACUGCCGAGGGCGAGGCCAGCAAACCUGCGUUCCCAUCCCCAUCUGUACCGGUGACAGCAACGAUGACGCCCACACCAGACGAAGGCUGGUUCUCAGAUAUGUCCAACCUCGUGUCUAGCCAGAAAUGGUUCUUCGGCGCCAUUGGUGCAGUAGCGCUCUUCGGUGUGGGUGCAGGAGUGUUCUUCUGGAGACGCCGGGUGAAGCAUCGAGCGUAUGCUGCGCUCAGCGCGGGCGAUGAACUGCAGAUGAGCUCUGUCUCAGGGCAAGGCAGACCGCGUGCGAAGGAGCUGUAUGAUGCGUUUGGGGAGGUGUCGGAUGACGAGGAUGCAGAUGAAGAGACCCGGUUGCGUGGCGCAGGGUUUCACUCUGGGUUCUUGGAUGAUGAUGACCCAUCCUCUGCCGACCCAUGCCCCUGUGUACAGAGACGAGCCUCGAGGGGAGCAUGA